AUGUUCCAUGUGGCCUUCAAAUCCAGACCACUACGUGAUGGAGGAGGCAAAUCAUCAUCAGGAAGCAACUCACAACCACUCACGGUCCCUCACCUGCGGGACGACACCACCGCAACACACCACUGGCAAUGGCCCAAACCCAAACAACAAUGGUUUCUACUCAAAGCUGAUGUGACCAAGGCACACAGACGGGUCAAAGUCCUCCAGCGAGAUUGGCGGUUUCAAGUAGCAGAGCUGGAAGGAGAAUGGUGGAUCAACAAGGUCGACUGGGGAUUUGUUUUUGUUGAUGACUUCUGCUGGUUUCUACGUGCAGAGAACGCAGACCACCAGGCCACAGCAAUUCUUGCUACACUGGUUGCGCUUGGAGUGCCUUUGAGUUGGAAGAAAACCCAUUUGGCAGAAGUCAACACUUGGUUGGGCUUUGUCAUACACCCCAACAUUCCACAAGUUCAAAUGAUCUCGACAAAACACAUUCUUGUCCUGGAAGUCCUUGAACUCCUGAUCCAGAACACAGUGAUGACAAUCAAAGCCAUUGAGAAGGCUUUGGGACGCUUACAAUGCCCAUUGAUCAAAAGUCUUCUACAAUCAUUCUGGGCUUGGAAGAUGGCAGUAACCUCUUCAGGGAGGCCACCCAAGACUGUACGCCUGUUGGCACUAUUGCAAAAGGAGCUCUUCAUCAUCCCAUAUCGGCAACUCUCGCCCUACCUGCCAAAGUCUUCUUGGUGGGGCUGUAGUGAGGCCAGUGCGGACUUCACUGGCGACGCGUACAUUGGUGGAUGGUUGUCAGAUGCUCAGUCACCUGCCCGUGACUCAGUCUACUGGUUUCAAGCCUUACGCUGGCUCCAUGCAGCUAGCCGCUCCCCGCCUACUGACGCCGCAGGCCCAGAGGAUGGGGGAAGAGCUGCUGACCAAUGGCAAUGGCCAAAACUGCAACCACAAUGGAUGCUCCUGAACGCAGAUGGUGCCCAAGCACACCGCAGGAUCAAGAUCCUUCCGGAGGUCGACUGGGGUUUUGUGUUUGUGGAUGACUUUUGCUGGCUUCUACGUGCUGAAGAUGCGGACCACGUGGCCACGGUCAUUCUUGUCAUCUUGGUGGCUUUGGGAGUUCAGAUAAUCGUCACGAAACACAUCCUGGUUUUUGAAGUUCUGGAGCUUUUGAUUCAGAAUAUGGCAAUGACGGCAAAGUUCAUUGAAAGUUUUGGCAGACUACAAUGGAUCACAGCAGUGUGCCUGCUGAUCAAGAGUCUUUUGCAACCAUCCUGGGCCUGGAAGAUGGCAGUCAUCUCCUCGGGUCGCUCAUUCAAAACAGUUCGGCUCCUUGCUUUGUUGAUGAAGGAUUCCUUGACGGAUUGGAAAGGUGCCGCUGGCCCUGUUGAAGAUCCCGAUGGACACCCGGCAUCCUACGGAAAUGGCGUGCUGUGCCAGGCCAUACCUCCAGAUCAGCAAGAAGAUGUGGAAAGACUCUCCAAGGGCCUUUCAGUGCUGCUGGUCUCCAAACAGAUCCCAUGGCGGAUUCAAGGAGAACUGGCCAGACAGGGCUACAUCACAGUUGAGGCGGUCAGGGCUGCAAGGAUGUUGGUCACGAUCCCGGGGACAGCCUACACCCAGGGAGCACUACCCCGAAGCAUCACACCGGGAGGAUCAUCCCUGGAGAUCUCACUGGACAGACGCAUCCUUGAGGAGACGUACAUGAAGACCUACAAGGUGAGCAGGCCCCGGCUUGAAUUACAAGGCAGUGAUGCACUCCUCAAGCGACAACACAGGUUCAUAACAAGAGGAGAGAUUGGAUUCAUCCAAGUGAAGCACCUGACCAGUGCUCUCCCUGAGAAAGGGGAACGCCCCACAAAGACUUCCAAACGUUUCACCAUGGAUGGUUGGGAAGGCCACGAAGAAGAGGAAGUCAGAUCAAACCCAACUACCCGGAGACAACUUGAGAGAAUGCACAUGGUCUUCCGCACGACCCUGUUGAUGUGCACUGCCUCUGCCCCACAGUUUUCAAAUCUGUGCAUUACCAAAGUAGAGCUGGACGCAUGGUAUGAAUGGUUCCAUGGAGAGGACAUUGCAGGUCGCUCUCCUCCACCGUCGGAGGCAAUCCUGCUCUAUGCAGAAAGAAAUGCAUGGAGGAAGAUCCAUGACAUGGUCCACGGUGGCACGGCCCUCAGUGAAGCCCUUCGCACCAUCAAAUUGGACCUUUCAUUUUGGACCCGUGAAGUUUAUGAAAGGGUCAACAAACAGACGGUCACGACCAUCCAAACAAAGGGGAAGGGUAAGACCAAGACAACCAUCCAACAGGCAACAGCACCUUGGCAGCCUCAGUGGAUGAAACCACGAACAGGGGAACCCAAGGGCAAGGGCACCACCAAAGGAACCCCGGGGGGCAAGGGCAAGACCACCAAAGGUAAAUCAAAGACCCCGGGCAAGCUCGAUUGGCCGUCACACUGGGCCAGGGUCCGGGAUCAUUGA